AUUAAUACUAUAUCUACAACUAAACACAACAAUAUUAAGUUCAAGAAAUUCUUUUGUUUAAAAAAAUGCGUUAUGGGGACCACCUGCUCAGAUAUACCUAUUCUUGUGAGGACAUUUCGUCCCCAUUAGGAUAUCAAAACCCUGGCACCCGAACACUCAUACACAGAAAAUAAGGACAGUCAGGUCCUCGCAUGGUGGGGGUGUGUCUAACGCACGAAGACGUUUUAACAGGGACCCGAUUAAUGCAGCUGUGAAACUGGGAGCACAAACGCAGACACACACACAGACGUGCGCGCACAUACACACACACACAUACACACACACGCACGCCAGCGCGCGCUCUGCGGCAGUCAUCGUCGGAGAUAACGGGUUUGUAGGCGUGCACCGGAGCGUGUACCGAGGCUGACGGUCGAAGCGCGACAUUGUUCGCCCUCGCUGUCGCCUUUAAACACGCUGGGACUGAGCGAGAGCGAACACAGCGAAACCGAGACCUGCGAGGCAGCAGGCGCGCGCGCGCAGGAAGCCAGUUUCGGCACGAGUUAAGCGCGAGCCAGCGUCUUUCGCAGCACGAGCCCUGACUUCAGCUUGGAGGUGUGUAUCAUGAGUUUGUAGUGCAGGAAGAGAGGAGACAUACACGAGAGGAUAUUUUAAAAGAACUUUAAAGAAGGCUUGAUUGACGGCAGGCUCGGUGGGAAAGAGACCUCAAGAGAAAGAUAGCGUCAGGGAAAGUGCUAUCGCCUUUCGUCUCGUCUUUCAAAACAUGGCGUCCACACACACCCACACAAUGCCAGAGAAAAAGUGCCGGAGUUGACUUUUUGUUCGUUCGCACAUCGCCGGUUUAAAGCCUUCAAUGUCCACUCAUAGCAGCAUCAGUCGUUGGAGCUGUGGAAGAAACCUUUCAAGCGGCUAUUUUUAGAGAACGAACUGGCUGGUAGAACUUUUUCAUGUCGGUUCCUGAGCCUGGAGGCCAUGGCCCGGCCCUUGCUGAAGAUCCAGCGCUAUUUCCGCCGCAAGCCUGUGCGUUUCUUCUCCUUCAUCCUCCUCUACCUCACAGCUGGCAGUCUCGUCUUCCUUCACUCUGGCUUCUCGGGAGAUUCGGGUUCCAGGGGUGGACACGGCCCCCUAGCAUCGGUUGAGGCGGCCGCGUCUACGUCCGCUGAUGGCUUGGGUACAGUCAGGAGGGCGUUUAAGGACACACGAACCACGCGAAGGUUCGGACUCGCCUGGGCAAAUGCAAGGAACAGCAAAGAGACUGAGGAGGGUAGAGCGAAGUACAUCGGCUGCUAUGUAGACAACACCCACAAGAGGGCGCUCAGAGGCAUUUCCUUCUUGGACUACAAAAAGAUGACCGUCUUCCGCUGUCAGGACAACUGUGCUGAAAGGGGCUACUUGUACGCUGGCCUGGAGUUCGGAGCUGAGUGUUACUGCGGCCACAAGAUCCAGGCGGCGAACGUGUCAGACAACGAGUGUAACAUGCCGUGUAAGGGGGAGAAGAGCAAGUUAUGCGGAGGAGCCAACCGCCUGUCCAUCUACAGACUGGAACUGAGCCAAGAGUCAGCACGAAGAUAUGGAAGCGCAAUCUUUAAAGGCUGCUUUAGAAGACCAGAAAACGUUACACUAGCACUUCCUGCUGCUUCUGUCAUCCAAAAUAUGUCUGUGGAUAAGUGUGUAGAAAUGUGCACAGAAAAAGAGUUUUCUCUGGCUGCUUUGUCUGGGAUUAAAUGCCACUGCGGUUUCCCCACCACCCUCUUCACCUUGCACGAGCCUGAAGAAGAGGAUCUGUGCCUUAAUCGCUGUGCAGCAGAGGACUUCGAGAGCUGCGGAAAUGAUGAUUACUUUGUAGUUUACCAAACACAAGUUCAAGACAAUCGGUGUAUGGAUCGGCGGUUUCUGCCCACACGGACAAAAAGACUGAUGGCCCUAGCGAGCUUCCCUGGAGCUGGAAAUACUUGGGCCCGCCACCUUAUCGAGUUAGCCACUGGAUAUUAUACAGGGAGUUACUACUUUGAUGGUUCUCUAUACAAUAAGGGUUUUAAAGGUGAGAGGGACCACUGGAGAAGCGGCAGGACAAUUUGCAUAAAGACACACGAGAGUGGCAGGAAAGAAAUCGAGGCCUUCGACUCCAGCAUCCUGAUGAUCCGCAACCCCUACAAGGCGCUCAUGGCUGAAUUCAACCGCAAGUAUGGUGGCCAUAUAGGAUUCGCUUCUCAGGCCCACUGGAAAGGAAAAGAAUGGCCUGAGUUUGUAAAGAACUAUGCACCAUGGUGGGCAUCUCACACCCUCGAUUGGCUCCAGUACGGUAGAAACAUUCACCUUGUGCACUUUGAGGAGCUGAAGCAUGACCUUUUCAACCAGCUGAAGCGCAUGGUUCUUUUCUUGGGCCUGGACGUUUCUGAGGACCGACUGCUGUGCGCUGUGGCUCAAAAAGACGGCAAUUUUAAGCGCUCGGGCCUCAGAAAGCUCGAGUAUGACCCCUACACGCCAGAGAUGCGGGAAAAGAUUGAUGGCCUCAUCCGCAGCGUGGACAUUGCACUCAAACUGAGGAACCUUUCAGGGGUUCCAGAUGAUUAUAGACCAAGAUGAUACAACCUCACGUCCUUUCCUCAUUUGGUUGUUUGUGUUUUCUGUAGUAUGUUGUUUUUUUCUGGUUCUUUUCCUGAGGAAAAAAAAAACAGUUUCCCUAUUUUUGUGGCUUAACCAAAAAAAAAAUUAAAAACAAAUAAAGACUUUAAAGAAGGAGGAACUCCAAGAACACAAAACCAGCACUUUGAGUGAGCAGAUACAGAAGGAUGAAAGUCACAUGACAUACUGAUGACAAAGCAAGACAAUCUGGUGACUAUAGGCAACUAUGAGGGCUAUAAUGGGUGAAGCACUUUAUGUGUUGUCUCUACUCUUUGUGUGUGUGUAUGCAUGUGUGUGUAUGCGUGUGUGUGUGGUAUGAUUCUCUAAAGUCAUGAGGACGUGUUGUAUGGAUCGCAGCCUGCUGCACAGACCAACAUUAUGGCACUAGGAGAUGUGUGCAGCUGACGUUUGUUCUAAUGUCAUAACCAGAUGAGUUUUAUGUUUUCGUUCCAUGUAGCCACAAAUUCUGCAAAGAGAAAUACAAUCCAGUUACAUUGUGCAAAGCCUGACAUAGGGUCUAUUAAGGUAUUUUAAAAAUAUCACACAAUCAGCUUAAAAUUAAUUAGUUACGUUUAAUUAAUCCAUAUAAGAAUGAAUUUAGUUUGAGGAUGUGGUUUUGAAUAAAUAAAUUUUUACAUAUGUAUUUUCAUAAUGCUGGCUUUUGAUAUAUGAGUGUCGCAACCCCAAUGACUCUAGCGUGAAUCAUUCUAAGGUUAACGCAAAUUAUAAUAUAAUCUUAUCUCAGUUAUGUCCGGGUUCCUCUGGUCACAGUUCUUUAACACGGUUAAGCUCUUUAUUCAACAAUAACCCUGGAACAAAACAAAUAACACUGGUUUUAUAAUGAAAAACACUUCUAGUUUAUAAACACAGUGUUUUGAACCUUACUGUAGCUACAGUAGGCUGGGAGAGUUUCUGUAUUUCAAAAGUGCACAGUGAUGGCCAGAAGUAUUAGGACAGCAUACGGUAUGCCAUGUAUUAGUUCUCCCAGUGAUUUUACUCAUUAGCUCUAGCCAAUUUGUUUAAAAAGUUGUGCACGUGAAGCCAUGGCUUACGUCAUGUCCACCGGUGAAGAAGGCAGAAGCAGUCAAGAAACUGUCAUCCGUGUAUGAUUUUCAGGAAGUAGUUGUGUAUUCAUACAGAUACCAGAGUACUGCAGAUGUCUUUGUAACUAUAUGCCCAGGUGGCUGCAGUAGGUUCUGAGGAAUAAAGGACUGAUCAGUGCUUUCUGUUUAAGGCUACUGUCUCUCCAGUCACUGCUGUGCAAGUGUGAACAUGUUACAUUAGUUCAUUUUUCACUGUGGUGAGAGCAAAAAUGAAUACCCCACUUGUGAUUUGCAUGAAAAAGAUCAGCAUGCAGUGAUUUUUUUUUUUUUUUUUUUUGUGGUCUAAGAGUGUACCAAAACAUGAGAAGCAUAAACAGAAGUGUUUGGUCAAAAGUUUGUGAAAAGGUGAACGUUUCUUAAACAGAAUUAUUACUGGUGACGAGGCAUGGAUUAAAAGUUUUAUUAUUAUUAUUAUUAUUAUUAUUAUUAUCAUUGUUGUUGUUGUUAUUGUUAUUAUUAGAACAAAGGUAAUGGCAUUAUAGAAUGGGAGGGUCAAUAAGCGUGCAUCUAUGAUAGCUGACAUGCUGCAAGAAUGGUAGUUGGUUUUAAUUAAAAAACGUUUAUACACAACUUUACCAAAAGAUUAAUAACUGAUACCUGAGGGAACUUAAACAAAAUGUAAAUUUAAGAAGUGAAGUGGUUUCCUAGACCUUUAGAGCAUUGUAUGUUUAGGAAAAGCUAAGCGCUGUGCUUUUGCAAGAUGUCUGAUACACAAUCUGGUGAAUUUCUGUUCAUCUUCUCAGACAAUAAUGUUGAUCAGAACGGCACUUUUGUUCAACUAAGCCGAAAGUACUUAAGUGUAUGUAUUUUAUGUUGGUAUCCUGCUCUUUUUUUUAAAAUACCUUCUUCAUUGGUUUUACCUUCAGUUUAGCAAAGGAACACAGUUUUAUCCAUGAAGAACGCAGACAUCAUUCCAGAUGUUCUCCUGCAGUCAUUCUGGCCCUUUGACUGUUGGAGUUGAAACCUUCAACACUCCCUAAAAGUGAAGCAUUUCUGUAUUUGUGUGUGUAAACCUCAAUAUCCAAACACACUUGAAUAUUUAUAUAAUGAAUUGUGUUUUUUUUUGUUUUUGUUAAAGGUAAAAAAAACUUGCCGUUUGUUUUCUAGAAAUUGUUAUUUUAUGUGAAUUUAUUAUUAGCUCUUAUAUGUUGCAAAUUUUCCCUUUCCCUCUUGCAUUCAUAUUAGCUAGCCACAAUCAUAACAUAAUCGAACAUUUUAUUGAACUACAUCUAAAGAAACAUUAGAUUUAAGCCCUGCUUAGUGACAGACAUGGUUGUAAACCAAGUACUGCUUCCAGUACGAUGUAUUUUUAUAAGGCUUUGUUAAUCUAUUUGUAGGCUGAGACUGAAAGAGACAUUAUUUCACUUCUAUUUUUUGACAGACUCCAGUCAAUCUGAAUGUAUUUCCAAUGGAAUGAAUGUAAUGCUAUGCUAUCGAAUUAUUCAUGAUGACUACAACCUGUGUGAUGUUGAUUCCUGAUCGUCUUAUCACUAUACACUAUGUCACUGUGGACACACUGGACUUUCCUUUUCUUUAAAGUGGAACAAUAUGUACUACAGCAGACUAUUUUUGUACUUGCCUGAAUAAGACUCAUAGUGUAUGGGUAAUAAACAGCUCUAAAUGCA